GUAUAUGAAGGGUUUGGUUUGGGAAAGAGGUACUAUAGGAGCAGGGAUGGGGGCAGCGAGGGCAUUUUCAGGUGCAAGGUGCCGCAGCAGAGAUGAAGUAUACGUAGCAGCAGUGGCCUUGAAGGGACCUGCUCAGCUGCUCUUCUCUCUCAAUUUAUGGGAUUUGCAGCAUUUCAUGGUCAUCACCAAACCCUCUUCCUCUUCUUAUCCUCUUACAGUAUAUGACUUUCAGCCACAGGAUCCUGAAAGUAUAUGGCUGGCUGCUGCUGCCUUAUCUCAUACAAAAAUACCCGGAGCUAUUCUGGUGAGGAAGCUCUCAAAACUUCCUCAGAGGAAAUGUUGGUUUGUAGGGUAUACCAAAGAAGAUGCAGAUGUCCACACAUUCAACCACACCUGGGAAACUCACCUCCUCGUCGGCUCUCAUGAUUGUCGGCAUUAUACUCAAGGCCUUGUAGAGCACCUAACAGGCAACAAAUAUAUACUAGACCAUCUCAGGUCAAACUACUUGUAAACUCUCUACAUACCUCAAUGCAACAAAUCACUACUCUCCAUCUCUGCUGCAAAAUAGAUACUCAUAUCAUAAUGUUGCAUUCUUUUAUUAUAUAGUUAUGGCUUAAUGUUCAUUGUUA